ACUAUUAUAAUUUUCUGAGAAUAGACCAUUCAUGCGAUUCGACUUUCCACGUGCAAUGGCAAUCAAAGCUUCCCCGGGUUCCCCUGCGCAUCUCCCGCCUGCGAACUGCUGAUUCUCCGGCAUAUGCUCUUUGCUUCACCAAGCUCAUCAACGACCCACCUAUCCACGCCUCGUCCUUUCGCUUCUUCAACCUCGUCCCUGCGUCAGAACAACGCCAAGAGUCGUCCCCCUUCGUCCCUUCCUCGUCCCCACGCACUCUGUUUUUCUGGGUCUCACCGCAGGCAGCCCAUCUCUCCCCUGUCCUGCCUCUGCUCUCCUAUGGAAACCCCGCCCGAGUUCGUGUACUCCGUGUGGGCGCUCCCGACGGACGACCUGGCCCCGAGGCUGAGGAGCUUGAUGGGCGGCCUCCGGUCGGAGUUCGGCGGGCCCCGGUUCGAGCCCCACGUCACCGUCGUCGGGGCGAUCGGCCUGACGGAAGGUGAUGCCGUCAGCAGGUUCAGGGCGGCUUGCGAUGGGCUCAGGGCUUACACUGCCACCGUCGAGCGCGUGGCCACGGGGACUUUCUUCUACCAGUGCGUGUAUUUGCUCCUCCGCCCCACGGCUGAGGUUGUUGAAACCAGUGAUCAUUGCUCUGCUCAUUUAGGUUACAAGAGGCCAACACCUUACAUGCCACAUCUGAGCCUCCUCUAUGGAGACCUGACAGAUGAAGAGAAGAAGAAAGCUCAGGAAAAAGCCAAUGACCUCGAUGGGAGCUUAAAUGGCCUCAGCUUCCUGAUCUCUCGCCUCGCACUGUACAAAACCGACACGGAAGAUAAAACUUGUCAAUCAUGGGAAAAGAUAGCAGAGUGCAGCCUUAAUGCAAGUUAGAUUCUGCUUGUAACCAGUAUCCCUUUCCUUAUGUUCUCAACAGUCUGAAAACCUCUUGUGUUCUCUACUUUGUCAUCUGGUGUUGGGAAUGUGACUAUUCUACGGGCAUGUGCAUCCAAUGUCCUUGUACA